UUUUUUUUUUUGACGUCCAGCUAACAAAUCCCGUGGGUUAAAUUGACGUUUACUGUGUUUAAAUCCCUGGUCCCUGUAGACCCAUUGUAUCAGUAAAGCGAGAUAAUCGCCGCAGCCACGUGCAGGACCGCACAGAAACCGAACGCGGGGAUCAUACACGCUCUGAAGUAUAAGUAUCAAUUCUUUUUUUUUUUUUCCUUUUUUUUCCAGUGUUAGUCCAAAUACGACGUUUCCAACGUGGAAAAACUGAUCUCCGAAUGCCGGACCAAUCUCAUCCUUGUCUUUAAUCCCCCCCUCCCUCCUCCUCCCUCUGUCACAAUCUCUCUUUCUCUCCCUCUCCCUCCCUUCCUCUCCCUCUUUCUGUCCCUCGCACACUUGCUAACGCUUGUGCUUUUUUCCUCGCGGAUGCAUUGUACCAGCGUGUUACUGCGCGCACGGGGUAUAAAGGCGCCACUGACGGGUGAUGAGGGGGUUCACUAUUCUGUAAAGCGGAUACCAGGUGGAUCUAUGGUCUACAAAUACGCGAGAUUCAGCGCGCGGACGUCAGUGGAAGUUUAGGAUCAGGGAGGAUGCAGGCUACGCGUUGGUGCGCUUUCUUUCUCCUCGCGCCUGCAAUUUACCUGGUGGCGAGUGUCCGAGGCUCCGUCGCGGGGAAGCCGGAGCUGCUGAAGUCCGGGGGCUCCAAGUCGCCCCUGAAGCUGAAGCACACGUGGGCGGAGCCCAGCAGCAAGGAGCUGUCAAUCAGCCGGCUGCUGUCCCAGGCCCUGCCCGCCAAGGGGAACGGCACGGCGCUGGACCUGCGCUACGCCACGCCCGAGCCCUACUCCGAGCAGGACCUGUGGGCCUGGCUCCGGAAUUCCAGCGACCCCCUCCAGGAGUCCCGGGCCCGCGCCAAGAGGCGGCCCAUGGUCAAGACCGGGAAGUUCAAGAAGAUGUUCGGCUGGGGCGACUUCCACUCCAACAUCAAGACCGUCAAGCUCAACCUGCUGAUCACCGGCAAGAUCGUGGACCACGGCAACGGCACCUUCAGCGUCUACUUCCGCCACAACUCCACGGGCCAGGGGAACGUGUCCGUCAGCCUGGUCCCGCCCACCAAGAUCGUGGAGUUCGACCUCUCCGCCCAGCAGUCGGUGGUGGACGCCAAGGACUCCAAGUCCUUCAACUGCCGCAUUGAGUACGAGAAGGUGGACAAGGCCAACAAGAACACGCUGUGCAACUUCGACCCGUCCAAGACCUGCUACCAGGAGCAGACCCAGAGCCACGUCUCCUGGCUCUGCUCCAAGCCCUUCAAGGUCAUCUGCAUCUUCAUCUCCUUCUACAGCACGGACUACAAGCUGGUGCAGAAAGUCUGCCCGGACUACAACUACCACAGUGACGCUCCCUACUUCCCCUCCGGCUGACCCCGCCCCCUCCCUACCCACUUCCUUUACAUCCAGCACGGACCAAAAUGGUACUGAGAUGGGGGACCAGGGUUCCCCUUCAUCCCUCUCCCAAAUAUAUAUAUAUAUAAAUAUAUAUCAGCUACCUGCACUGUCCCGAAAAUGUCCACAAUCUAAUGAAGAACACUGUCCAAAUAAAGUGUUCAUUAAAAUAACUGGCCCAACUAAAACAAUAAUAAUAAUAAUAAUAAUAAAUUCACAUUCAGACAUUUCAUGUUUUUGCAAAAAUAUAAAAUGUUUGUGCAAUGGGAGAGCAAGGGUUAAAUUGCAAUGAUUUUAUUUUAUUAAGUUUACAAAAAUAUUAGUUAUGAUUAAAUAUUUGCUAUAAAAGCUCACAGGACGUGUACAUUGUGGAAACUGAAUUUAAACGAUUAUUGCUAAAAUCAAAUUUUUAUUUAUUUUAAGUACUUCUCUUUUUUUUACCAGCUAUGGCAUACAGCAUAUGACUUAGCUGCAGUCAUUUAUUUUUAAAAAUCAGCUUAAGUUUUAGCAGGGUAUUUAUUUUGUUUUUCUUUCUCAAAUCCUCCAAAACAGACAACAGAGGUGCCUCAAAUUUAUUCCCCCCUUCCCCCGUUGUUUGUUUAUUUAUUUAUUUAUGAUUUUUUUGUGAACGCAGCGAUAUUUCUCUUAGCCGCAGCAGUUUUGCUGGAUUCCCUUCGUCAGCACAUUUCCGUCCCACUCCAAGUCAAAGACAGUGGGAUAGCUGCCCUGGCCUGCUUUUAUUCCCAAAGACCACCUUUCCUCAUGCAAUCCCCCCCUUUGACCCCCCCCCCCCCCAAUAGCCCCCACCCCCACCCCCCUCACACUCCCCCCAGAGGUGGGGCAUGUUCCCGAUAGACGCUGAACCUUUGUGGGUGUUCCUUCCCCUCCUGGGGAGUUCAGGACAGGAAGUGGGUGGAGCCUCAUCGGUGGAUGGGCUUGGUGGGCGGGGCCUCUACAACAGGUGUGCUUUUAUUAACAAAAAUUUAAAAGAGACCCUCUCAGGCCCUUUUCUGUUUCAUAAAGUUCAGCUUGAAGCAUCAGAUCGUGAAAAAAAAUCUUUGGCAAGGUGGCCAUGUUUUUUUCCUCUCAUCUUUCUCUACUUUAUUUUUUCCACUUGAAGGAAAAUGUAAAAAUAAAAAUAAAAAACCUGAGCCUGACUGGAUGGUUUGUACUGUAUAUAGUGUACCCAAAACAAGCUGCUUCUGUAUGUGGCACAGGUAUCUGUUGGAUUUUACCUAACCUUUGCCUUCCCCCCCUUGCACCCUCAAAAUGCCCCCUUCCACCCCAUACCUCUCCCCCCAUUUCUGCUUGCUCUUGGUUACGCAAAGCAAAUUAUUAAUGUCAGCGUGAAAACUCCAUGAAAUUAAAAUGUACAGAAACAUGUAUACUGUCAAAAGAAAUGACAUGUCACAAGUAUUAGUCAUCUGUAUGAAAUUUUCCUUUUUUGGGGGAAGUGGGGGUCUGGGAAUGUAAAUAAAAAAUGCUGAAAGUUUUUUCAGUUGAAUGUUCAGAA